UCGUUCAAUAACAGUUAUUACAUAUGCAUACCUAGUUUAUAAAUUUUGUGCGAUCAUAAAUCGGAAAACGAUUGGAUAAAUUUCAAAAUUAAUCAAGAGUUGAAUAAUCGAAGAGCAUGGCGCGAAGUUGGAAUCAGUUGUCAGAUGUUUUUUUCUACAGAUUCUACAGACAGCUGUUUUACCCGAGCUGUCAAACAGGCCUCAAACCACGGACCAGACACGAAAGGACCCUCUUCUUUCUAAGAAACAUAAGAAACGCAUUUGAUUCCCUUUGAAUCAUAUGUUUAGUGAUUUCAUUAAUCCGGAAUAAUGAGCUGUCUAACUCCUUUCAAAUUAAUCGAAUCUUCUUGCGUGAUUGAUGAGAAUUUACACUCAAACUCGAUAAAUGAAAAGUCAGCUACUUGUCUACUGAAAUUGACUGUCGAAGAUCGAAAAAAUUUUACCGUCGAAUCUGAUAAUGGAGAAGAUACAACGACAACGAAAAGAGACUACGUCCUUCAUCUCUCACCUGAUACUCUGGAUACUCUUUUAGACGGCCUUACAAGAAUUAGAGAACAAUUGUCGAACAUUGCUAAAAAAUAAAAUUGUUUUUCCUUCAUUCUGCCUUAAAAAGAAAUUACAGAAAAGCAUAUUUAUAAUAGUUUUUCGCAUCAUACGAUCGAAGACUAUGAUACAUUUACAUUAGAAAUUCACAACUUACCUUUUCUUUUUUAUCAAAUUUUUUUUUCCAUUUUUCGAGAAGAAGUAGAAGUAGAGUAGGAGACGUUGGAGUAGUUGAUCGUUUAUUGUUAAAUUUUUUUAAUUCAAUAUCUAUCUAUCUAGUAUUUUCCCCUCUCUUUUUCAAAUACUACUAGUAUUAUCAUUAGUAGUGUUAUUAUUGUUGUUGCGUGCGAUUAUGUAUCACUAGAUUUUGAAUAAUAAUAAAAAAAGAAUUUCUCUAGCACA